AUGAGAGGAUUUAAGUUUCUCAAGUAUUUGGAAGUCCCUGUGGAAGAAAGACAAACUUUAAGUUUCUUAAAAAAUCCAGACUUGGUACCAAUCCCUAAAAGCCACCAAACAUGGGGGUUCUGGUCUAACUUUGCCUACUGGGGUACAAUUGCCUUUACAGUAGGUACAUGGAUGGGCGCUACAGCAGCAUUGACAGUUGGGCUAAGUUAUCCAGAGACUAUCGCAACAUUUAUUCUGGGGAAUGCUCUAACAAUUGUUUACUCACUGGCCAACUGUUAUCCAGGUUGGGACUGGAAAGUUGGCUAUACUCUUUCUCAAAGAUUUACCUUCGGUAUCUAUGGAUCUGCUUUUGGUGUUAUUAUUAGAGUUUUAUUAAGUAUUGUGAACUAUGGCUCAAACGCGUGGUUAGGAGGGUUAUGUAUUAACCUGAUAUUAAAUUCAUGGUCACACCACUAUCUAGAAUUAAAAAAUACUUUAUCUCCGCAUGUUGCUAUGACCACCAAAGAAUUGAUCGGCUUCGUUAUUUUCCAUAUUGUUUGUGCUUUAUGCUAUCUAAUGAAACCAUAUCAAAUUAAUAGGAUAUUAAUAAUUGCUUGUGCCGGGACAUGUUUCUCAAUGCUGGGGAUAAUCAUAUAUCUGUGUCAUGCAAAUGGGGGUGCUGGUUCAUUAUUUCACACCCAAAAAACAACGGUUAGUGGUUCUGAUAGGGCUUGGGCAUGGGUCUACAUGAUAUCAUAUUGGUUUGGCGCUGUUUCACCUGGUGCUGUAAACCAAAGUGACUAUUCCAGAUUUGGUUCAUCUUUAAAAGGAAUUUAUCUUGGAACUAUUGUUGGUUUAAUGAUUCCCCCAAACCUAGUUCCAGCAUAUGGUGUUAUUGGUGCUUCUACUACACAAGAAUUGUAUGGUGAGUCCAUGUGGAUGCCAACAGAAAUCUGUAAUUAUUGGUUAAAUCACGGCUACCAUCCUGCAGCUAGAGCAGCCUCGUUUUUUUGCGGUGUUUUCUUUGCAUUAUCUCAAAUUGCUUAUACCAUCUCUAAUGCUGGAUUUGCAAGCGGUAUGGAUCUAGCUGGUUUAUUACCCAAAUACGUCAAUAUUAAGAGAGGUGCUUUUUUUACUGCUAUUGUAUCGGUUGCUGUUCAACCUUGGAACUUUUAUAAUUCCUCCUCUACCUUUUUAACAGUUAUGAGUUCUUUCGGUGUUGUCAUGGUGCCUAUACUGGCUGUUAUGAUUUGUGAUAACUUCAUUAUCAGGAAACGAAACUAUUCAGCAUCACAGGCUUUUAUUUUAAAAGGUGAGUAUUAUUUUACAAAGGGUUUCAACUGGAGAGCGUUUAUUGCGAUGAUUGUGCCUAUGGCACCAGGCCUGCCGGGAAUUGCAUGGCAAGUCAAUCAUAAUGCUUUUAACAAUAGAGGUAUAGUCAAUUUUUAUUAUGGUGACUCCUUUUUCGCGUUUGUUAUGUCAUUUUGCUUGUACUGGAUUUUGUGUAUUAUAUUCCCCUUCAAAAUUAACGUUCUACAGGAUGACAAGGACUAUUAUGGUGCCUUUGAUGAAAAAACCGCCAUUAAAAAGGGUAUGGUUCCUUACAGUGAAUUGACAGAGGUUGAAAGACAAGAAUACUUCAUUCCAACCGCUAAUGUGGUCAUGAAAGAAGAGCAACCAACUGAGUCGGAUAGUGAGAUAUCACGUGCAUAUGUUGAGGAAGGAACUGAAAAGGGUAGCACAAAGGACGGAGUUGCAGAAAUAUGA